AUGCCGCCUCCUCCAAAGACAGCUGCCAGUGCGAAAUCCAACCUAAUAAUCUCCCAAAUAUCCGCAAACCUAUCCAACACCCUCUCGACUUUCGGGCCUAAGUCUGCUCAGUACGCUGCCGUGUUGGAUAUGUUGAGAGAGAGUAUUCGUGAGCUGGAGCUAGAGACGCAGGGUAUUACCGCUACAAAUAGUGGUGGUGGUGGUGGUGAAAAGACGACAACAGCGGAUGCUAUCGAGGAGUUGAGAAUGUUGUUGGAAAAGGGAUUAAGUGUAUAA